CUUCCGAAAAAUAAAAAAGAUCUUGAGCAGCAAACGCUCACGUCCUCAGAUAAAACGUGUUAUUUUCAGCCUUUCUUUCUUCUUGAAGUAUACAAGGUUGAGGGUUUGCGUUUGCGGUCUUAGUCUCUGCCGUAGUUGUGCUCUCUCUCACCUCCUAUGGCUCUUCAGCUUCCCGCUUCCAUUGGGCGCUUCAACUUAACCGUCCGAUCACGUCCCGUUGUCGUUGCCCGCAGAAUCAACACCUUCGCUGCACUAUCGCCGCCGCCAACCGAUGCCAUCAACUGGGUUGAAACAACUUCCGGUUUCUUUAAACAGGACAAACGACCCAUCAUGCUAUUCGAUGGUGUAUGCAACUUAUGUAAUGGGGGAGUGAAGUUUGUGCGUGAUAAUGAUAGAAAUAGGAGAAUUAGAUUUGAGCCUCUUCAGAGUGAAGCAGGAAAAAUGUUACUUAGAAGAUCGGGAAGAGCUCCUGAUGAUAUCUCAAGUGUAGUACUGGUUGAAAAGGAUAGAGCAUAUGUCAGGUCGGAAGCUGUGCUGAAGAUAAUGGAAUACAUUGACUUGCCAUUUCCUCAACUAGCAUUUUUUCUUCAAUUGGUACCUCUGUUCAUAAGGGAUUUUGUUUAUGACAAUGUGGCAAACAACCGAUACACUAUUUUUGGCCGUUCAGAAUCAUGUGAAAUAUAGAAUCAACCAAUCUGCAAUCAUCAGUAAAAUGUUAUGUUAGAAACUAGAGAUCUUAACUUAUAAUUCUUUAUUGUUCUAGUCGAAGCCCAGUGAACUUGUCAUCAAAUAUUUGAUAGCAAGGAUCCAGCGUAUUACAGGAAAAAAGAAAAAGACCAAACCCUUUGAAUCACUUUAAUAGUAGUCUCCACUCUCUUGUACAAAAACUUUGCUAGUCAUUUUCUGUAUUCUGUAUGGAUGCAAAUGAGAAAUAUUGAAUAGCAUCAGUAUGUUUCUCAUGGUCAUCAUUCAAACUCUAUAGGGAGCGAACGUGAUACAUGUAUAAUUAGUCAAAUAAUAUCAGUAACUUGUAAAAAAUGUAUGGAACUUGUCUCUAUUCUUCCAGAAGCAGUUUCCUAGAAAGAAGUGGAGCCUAGUUAUAUGGUUA